AGGCUCUGGGUACGAGACUGGUGUCAUCACACUUAUUAUCACACUAAUCUUAUUUCAAGCUCUUCCUACGGUCUUGCUUCCUCCUUUGGCUGUCGUCCAAGGAUCCACAUUAAACCUUAUCUGCAACGCCACAGGAAACAUGCCUUUUGAAUAUGUUUGGAAAUUGGGAUAUUCCUCUAACACCAUCCUUCCCCCAAGCCUCAGUAAUAAUUACACCAAGCCAGGGAUGAAGAGAGGUGACAAUUCUUAUUUCCGUUGCUUUGUAACGGAUAAAAACGGGUGCUCAAGGGAAUCGUCGCCAAGGACCAAAGUCGACAUUCAAUACCCACCUUAUUAUGCAAGUCUAACUGCAAUAAAACCUGCAGUGUGCUUAAACAACAUGGCAUCGUUACGUUGUUAUGCCAGCGGUAACCCACGAACGGUAACGCUUGUGCUGUACUCGGGGGGCCAAGUAUUAGCUUCAUCAACAAACGAUUACACUGCAACACUACAGUUUAACAGUACAACAGCAGGCACUCAUACCUAUGUUUGUAAGACGAAUAACAGUGCAGGGAUUGGAGUUAAUGCCAGCAGAACAAUGAUCACACAAGCCCCUCCUCAAAUAACAGGGAUAACUGUUAACCAAACUAUUGCAGAAGGAUCUAGACUUGUACUGGAAUGCAAUACUUCUGGAAGCGACCCAAUGACUAUUACUUGGAAAAAAGUUGGAGGUUCUGCCUUUCCGAGUGGCAAGAAUGUCACGUUUGAAAGCUUGACCACUGCAGAUCAGGGGGCAUAUGAAUGUACUGCAAGCAAUGGAAAUGAAUGUCCUGUGUCAAAAUUACAAACAUAUGUACAUGUGCUGUACAAACCCAGACGAACAUCAAUCACAGUGUCCAACAGCACGGUGUGUCUCAACGAUCUCGUGCAAUUGGAAUGCACUACAGAAGCUGACCCACCAGCAACGCACUACCAUUUUUACGUAAAUGAUCAACUAAUACAAUCUUCAAGUUCCUCCAGGAUACAGAUGAACAGUACAAUAGAGGGAAACAACACAUACAGGUGUCAGCCUGGCAACACUGUAGGGCUUGGAGAAAAUGCAACUGUGUUUAUGAAUACUAAAGCACCUCCAAACAUCACAUGGCUUCCUCCAAACCAGUCUAUUGCUGAAGGGUCAACAGUCCUAUUCCCUUGCAACGUCACAGGCAGUGACCCAAUGAAAAUUGUUUGGAAGAACGUUAGAGUUAACUCUUCCUAUCCUAUUGGCCAUCACCUUAAAUUUCAGAGUCUAAUGAGGUCACAUGAUGGAGUGUAUGAGUGCUCAGCAAGUAAUGGCAAUGAAUGUCCUUUGGUGUCAUCUUCAACAUACAUAAAUGUCCUAUACCAACCCGAAAUAACUAAAUCGCCCAAAUCUACGCUCACGCUUUUCGAGAACGGAACAAUUAAUCUUAACUGUAAAGCCCACGGUAACCCGGCUCCAAACAUUACCUGGACACGUGGAAGUGACGUAGUUGGUCGUGGAGAGAUCCUGGUGCUGGAGAAAGAGCAGAGCGCACAGGGGGUUUACGUAUGUAUUGCCAGUAAUGGUGUAGGUGUGAAUGCAAGGGCAAAUUCCAAUGUUGUCGUCAAAAUCUGUGAAAAUUUCUGCCAACAAAAUAAUACGUGCAUUCGUCAAGGCUCAACACAGAGCUGUGACUGUCGAAAAGGUCUCACCGGACGGUACUGCGAGAAAGAUGAUCCUAUGGGUAAAAAGUUCUCUAUCAAAGUCGUUUUAGUAUCACCUGCUUGGAAAGAUCAAUAGUUAGAUUCCUCGAGCAAUGACUUCAAGGACCUUGAAAAAGAAAUUUGCUUCCAGAUCGAGAAAUUGUUCUUUAGGACAUUAAUCAGUUGCAAACUGACUAAAGCAAGCAAGGGCAGUGUCAUUACUGAGACGGACCUGGAGUUUAAUGAGACGAAAACCCAGAGCGAAGUUGAAGGUGGC